GACGGACGGCGAGUGUCGUGGUCGACGUCGACGCCGUGCCUUGUCACGGGCCGCACGCAUUAAUCGGAGGCGCGCGCGCGAGAGCAGCGUGUGUCAUGCGGUUAGUGCUUCUGACGACGCGGGUGGACUCCUCUCCGGCUACGUUCGGCGCGCGUCUCGGCACGUACAACGGGGCCCCGAUUUAAUGGGCGGGGCCGCGAACGUGGGGCCACGGAGCGACCUCGGUGUCGAUGUUCGAAGUGGUGAGCUGCCGUGCCGACGUGCUGUUGCCGCGGCCAUCGCCGUGAACAGUUGCCUUUACCUCGACGAGAGUAACGUUGUAUAUACGCCGCUGCGUUGUUAAAUGGCGCGACUCGACGAGCGUCAGCAUCUCAACGCCUACGACUUAUGACAUCGCUCUGACAGGAGAGACAGAGAGAGAUCGAGAGAGAAAGAGAAAGAAAAAGUACACUCUUUACACUCGCCGCUCCAAAGGUUCCUCUCGGUGCACGUCAAUCGAUCAGUUCAGCGAGUGAUCUUAUGAGACGCGCAUCCAGAGACUGCGCGAUCACGGAAUUAACUGUCUCCAAGUGUUGAGAACAACGACGACGUCUACGAGGAAGAGGAAGAGUACCGUUGAAUGAGAGACCGAAGAGGAUAGAGAAAAAAAAAGAGAGAAAGAGAAAGACACAUACAUAACGAACAGAAGGAAAAACGAACGGAAGUAUGAACGGCCCCGGGAGUCAUCAGCAUCGUGGCUUGGGCAUGCAGAGUCGUUAUAGAGCUGUGGUGUCCAAUGGCGCCUCGUCGGGUCCGCACGUGCGCGCCCCAUCGCUGCCAUCCCACCCUCGUAACGGCGGAUGGCAUCCCCAGCAUCAGCAGCCACCUCCGCCGCCACAGCAACAGCAGCAGCAGCAUCAAUACGCUGCUGGCAGCAAGGAAUACCCGUAUCGGCAAUGCCCGCCACGAUAUCACAAUGGAGAUUGCCCCGGGGUUGGCACGUCCUCCGGGCCGGCUGGCAAGGAAGUUUCCUAUCACGGGAACGUGGGUGGAACCAGCGUGGGAUAUAAGCCGCCUCCGCAGCACAGUCCGCAGACGAGGGGCCCGCCGUCGCACUUCCCCCAGGAAUCGGUAGGCCCGCCGGCCAAUUCUCCACCGUUGCACAUCAAUAUCUGUGGACAGGAGAACGCGAUGCGCGGCCCUUUAUUGAACAUGAGUCCCGGUCUUGGAGCCAGCGGGGUGGACAUGGAGUACCGUAGAAACUCUCAAGCCACAAACCAGCUAAGCCCCGUGCAGAUCCAACCGUCACCGCCAUAUUACAGACAGCCUAGUCAGGAUGAUGGUAGAAAGAGCGAGUCACCAUCGAGGAAACGUCGUCGAAUAUCUCGCAACGGCGCUGUGUCUGGGAUAGAGGUCCGAGAAACGACACCCCCGGCUCCAACGCCGCCCCUGCACACAACCCCACCGCCUUGGGAAUUUGGGGGCGCGCCCCAACGGCGCUCCCCGCGCAAUCACAUGUCCACCCGUGGCAGUCCGACGGUUAGGAACCGUUAUCAGCGAUAUACGGACUCGUUCGGGCUCCCCUAUCCGUUCCUACCGAGUCACAAUCCUCACCAGAGUCUCCAUAAUUCCCACCACGGCCUUCACAAUUCGCAUCACAACAUCCACAGCUCCCAUCCACACAGUCUGCACAAUUCGCAUCACAAUCUCCACAAUGCACAUCAGGCGCAUCCCCAUCCAACAGCCGGCGGCACAGGACACCAUCCUGCUCAAGGUGCGAACGCGCCCGUGGUCGUCGAUGUAGGUCAAGUCGGCGUGUCCGGCCUGCCGGUUGCCGUUAGCGGGGAGCCUCUGGCGUGGCAUCCGCAAGCGCCGAGCUACAGGAUUCCGUGUCAACUUCAUAGUCUCUACACGCCUCACGGAACACACCCGUUCGGACACUCGUGCCAGGUGACGCAUCAUCAUAAUCACUAUUCCGCCACUCAUCCAACGCAUCCGGGUCAUGGCCUUGUCGGUUCCUUAGUUGGUGCCGCUUCCAGAGGAUACCCAACACCGACUGGUGGCCCUGUAGCAGCACUGCAUCACACACAUCCGCCUCCACCACCCGUCCAUACUACCGAUUAUACCGCGCAUCAUCAAUUAUCUCAGCAGAGAGAAGUCGAGCUCGAAUUGAUAGAGUCUCAUCAUCAUCACAGAGUGGGCGCUGCGGCUGGAGCGCCGCUACCGUUACCACACUCGUAUUCUCCACCGGCCCUUACGCAGGUAACAACACCGCCGCCCAUAUUCCUGUCCGAAACGCGAAACAGUCAAUUGGAGAUGAUGCAGAACAGAACUCGUCGAGUAACGUCCAACGUUUUGCGACGACCGAGAUUUAGCAGAUGGAGGGGUACAACUCCGUUACCACCCAUGACGUAUCCGGGAUAUCUACUACAUUUUCUAGCGAUGUUCAGCAAUCCACCGCUGUCUCCGUACAAUCAGGCCGAAUUAUCGUCGCCUGAUUCUGUGACGGAAAAUUAUGAGGCGUUGCUAUCUUUAGCCGAGAGAUUGGGUGAGGCUAAGCCGCGCGGUCUAACUCGCGCGGAGGUCGAACAAUUGCCGUCUUAUAAAUUCAACGCGGAGACACAUCAGGGCGACCAGACCAAUUGCGUCGUUUGCAUGUGCGAUUUCGAGGCUCUCCAAUCGCUACGUGUUCUACCGUGUUCUCACGAAUUUCAUUCCAAGUGCAUUGACAAAUGGCUUAAGUCUAAUCGAACAUGUCCGAUAUGUCGCGGUGACGCCGGAGAAUAUUUCGGAAAUAGCAGUAGCAGUAGUGACUGACGCCAAGCUGACGAUGUACACUAGCGCGAAGCGUCCCAGCCAUCGAGGACACUAUCAUUACCACACAUUAUGGAAAUCCCAGUUGUUUCGUUGCUGCUAUUUCAUGCGAAUCUCUGCCGUUAAAAAAAAGCAUUUCUGUUGCUCUCUUAGGGUGAGAGACGAAUCACCGAUACAAAAUGUUCACAUGAUUCAUUGAUGAUGAAACACUUUUCAACAUCCGUUGAGAAUGACGAUUCUGAAACAGACUGAAUCACAAGUGAGAAUUGUUUCGGUGUACAUACAUACGGUCUCGUUGAAUGUCGAGCGCAGAUAUAUCAAGAUUGAGGAACAGUAGCGUUUUUCCUGCUUUGGAAAAAAUAUAGCGAAACGCAAUAAAAGCAAUUUAGCAAAACAAUGAAAUAGUCAAGAGACGUUAGGGAUUCAACGUUUCGUUAAGUUACGGCGCGCAUUUCCUAUCAAAAAGAAAGAAAAUCACAAGUCGAAGAUAUUGCUUUGUUUUUGUUCAUAACGCUUUAAUUAAUAUUUUAACGCUCAUUAAUUAUUCGUAUUGUGCUAUUCUGCAUUAUCGGAUUUAUGUACAUAAAAAUAACUGUAUACGCAGAUAUCGCAACUUUCCAUUAACGUUCCAUUUUUUAUAGUUUAUCUUUCAGUCUAAUGAUUGUAUAUACAUAUGAAUAUAUAAAAAUUUGCAUAAAUACCCUUAUACAUAUAUGUGUGCGCGUACAAAGCAAGCGGUAGUUUUGUUUGGACUUAACCAAAUGUAGACACGAAUUCUUUUGCAAUAAAAAAAAAGUGUUUAUUGUCAGAGAGAUAAGGGAAAAAAAAUUGUAACUUCCUACUGUUAUAUAAGCUCUUGUGUAUUUGUAGUAGACCAGCUAAUUAUUUUAUUAUAUUAUAGAAAUGUAUAUGUAUAAGUAAAUUAAAAAUUACUUGGCACCUUAAGUGCAGUAGGUAGAAAUUGUUGGAUUAUUGCACUGGGAUGCCACAUAACUAUUUUAUAAAAUAUCUAUAGGUUCGUGUUUAAUUCGACAUUUGUUUUUCUCUCUUGCGGCAAUUAAUUAUCUUUUCUAAGUAUGCUCUAAAACACAUGGAACGUCAUUUUGUUUUGUCCAAUUUAUAAAAUCCAAUUUAAGCGAUUUAAAUAUAUAUUCGUGAAUUUUGAUGAAAAUUCGAACGUUUAAAUACGCGUGAAUUUCGAUGAAAAAUUGUUUUAUAUUCGCGAGAGAGACUCGGCACGUAUAAUAACCAAGUGCACACAAAAAAAGAUAAUGAAACAAAAAAAAAGAGAACCUAAGAAUAUCGCUUCUGUUUCCUGCGUAUCUACCUCUGAUAGAAGAAACAAGACGAUUCAUAUUUUUUUAUAUACACACAUCUCAUAAACAAUAAACAUACCUAUGAUAAGUAAAGACAAGAGUGACCGGCUAAAAAAACGAGAUUCAAACGUUUUGAAACAUUCGAUAAGGAAACAUUAAUGAUUAAAAUCACUGAAAAAAUAACAGAUGCUCGCUGAAUUAAAAAUGCUAUGCGGAUAUAUGUAAACUUGAUCGAAUGUAUAGUCGAAAAAUUCCUUACGCUAAAUCUUUCUAGUUAAGAUUAAACAUAAAUAAGUUUCGCGGAACUUUUUGUAGAAGCGGUUACAAUAUAGAUCGAAUUUUGCCACGAACAAGUUGUGUGCUUUUAGUUAAUUAUAUAACGCUUCCUUGUUUAUACAUAUACUUUUACGCCAAUGUGAGAAAAUUGAGAAGAUUUGUUUAUAUUCUUGUUAUUUUUAAGAUGUUUUGUGUAUACUGUUAGGUAGAGAGCGAAUGUUAUUGGCAAGAUAUGAAUUGUUGAAAGCAGUUUUUUAUGUUUCAAAAUUAAUAAAAUUACGGGGUAUGUAAUCUAA